CGCGGCGUUUGGAGCGGGAGGCGGGAGGCCUGGUUCUUGGCUGCCGUCCGUCAAGCCCUCUGUUUAUUUGUUGUUGUCGCCGCCGCCGCCGCCGGGCCCCGAGCGCCAUGGGCUUCCUGCGGCUGAUCGAGAUCGAGAAUUUCAAGUCGUACAAAGGCCGGCAGAUCAUUGGGCCCUUCAAGAAGUUCACGGCCAUCAUCGGGCCCAAUGGCUCGGGCAAAUCUAACCUCAUGGAUGCCAUCAGCUUCGUGCUGGCCGAGAAGACGAGCAACCUGAGGGUGAAGACGCUGAAGGACCUGAUCCAUGGAGCCCCGGUGGGGAAGCCAGCUGCCAACCGGGCCCUGGUCAGCAUGGUGUAUGCUGAAGACAGUGGCGAUGAUAAAGUGUUCACCAGGGUUAUUGUGGGGGCUUCCUCGGAGUACAGGAUCAACAACAAAGUGGUGCCAUUGCAGGACUACAGUGAGCAACUCGAGAAGCUGGGGAUUCUCAUCAAAGCCCGUAACUUCUUAGUGUUUCAGGGCGCGGUGGAGUCGAUCGCCAUGAAGAACCCCAAAGAGCGGACCGCCCUCUUCGAGGAGAUCAGCCGCUCGGGCGAGUUGGCCCAGGAGUACGACAAGAGGAAGAAGGAGAUGGUGAAGGCUGAGGAGGACACUCAGUUCAACUACCACCGGAAGAAGAACAUCGCAGCAGAACGCAAGGAAGCCAAACAGGAGAAGGAGGAGGCGGAGCGUUACCAGCGCCUGAAAGAUGAGCUGGCCCGGGCACAGGUACAGCUGCAGCUCUUCAAGCUCUACCACAACGAGUCAGAGAUCGAGAAGCUGAGCAAGGACCUGGCCUCCCGCAACAAGGAGAUCGAGAAGGACCGGAAGCGCAUGGACAAGGUGGAGGAGGAGAUGAAGGUGCAGAAGAAGGAAGUGGGCAAGCUGAUGAGGGAGCAGCAGCAGAUCGAGAAAGAAAUCAAGGAGAAGGACGCGGAAUUGAACCAGAAGCGGCCGCAGUACAUCAAGGCCAAGGAGAACACGUCGCACAAAAUCAAGAAGCUGGAAUCUGCCAAGAAGUCGCUGCAGAAUGCGCAGAAGCAGUACAAGAAACGCAAGGCGGACAUGGACGAGCUGGAGCAGGAGAUGCUGUCGGUGGAGAAAGCCCGCCAGGAGUUUGAGGAGCGCAUGGAGGAGGAGAGCCAGAGUCAAGGCCGCGAUCUGCAGCUCGAGGAGAACCAGGUGAAGAAAUACCACCGGCUGAAAGAGGAGGCCAGCAAGCGAGCUGCCACCCUGGCUCAGGAGCUGGAGAAGUUCAACCGGGAUCAGAAGGCUGACCAGGAUCGGCUAGACCUGGAGGAGAGGAAGAAAGUGGAGACGGAGGCAAAGAUCAAACAGAAGCUCCGAGAGAUCGAAGAGAACCAGAAGAGAAUCGAAAAGCUGGAAGAUUACAUCAACACCAGCAAGCAGUCGCUGGACGAACAGCAGGCCCAGGAGACCAAGCUGACCGACGAGGUGGAGGCGGCGAAGCGGCGGAUCGACGAGAUCAACAUGGAGCUGAACCAGGUCAUGGAGCAGCUGGGUGACGCCCGCAUCGACCGGCAGGAGAGCAGCCGCCAGCAGCGCAAGGCGGAGAUCAUGGAGAGCAUCAAGCGGCUGUACCCGGGCUCCGUGUACGGCCGUCUGAUUGACCUGUGCCAGCCCACGCAGAAGAAAUACCAGAUUGCCGUCACCAAGGUGCUGGGGAAGAACAUGGACGCCAUUAUCGUAGACACUGAGAAGACAGGGAGGGACUGCAUCCAGUACAUCAAGGAGCAGCGGGGGGAGCCAGAGACCUUCCUGCCUCUUGACUACCUGGAGGUCAAGCCCACCGAUGAGAAGCUGCGAGAGCUGCGGGGAGCCAAGCUGGUGAUCGACGUCAUCCGUUACGAGCCGCCGCACAUCAAGAAGGCGCUGCAGUACGCCUGCGGCAACGCGCUGGUGUGCGACAACGUGGAGGAUGCCAGGAGGAUCGCCUUCGGGGGGCCCCAGAGACACAAGACCGUGGCCUUGGACGGGACCCUGUUCCAGAAAUCCGGUGUGAUAUCAGGAGGAGCCAGCGACCUGAAGGCCAAGGCCAGGCGUUGGGACGAGAAGGCGGUCGAGAAGCUGAAGAGCAAGAAGGAGAAGCUGACCGAGGAGCUGAAGGAGCAAAUGAAGAUUAAGCGGAAGGAAGCUGAACUGCGCCAGGUGCAGUCGCAGGCCCACGGGCUUCAGAUGAGGCUGAAGUAUUCGCAGAGUGAUCUGGAUCAGACCAAAACCAGGCAUCUCUCGCUCAAUAUGCAGGAGAAGUCCAAGCUGGAGAGCGAGCUGGCAAACUUCGGACCAAAAAUUAACGACAUCAAACGGACUGUCCAGGCGCGGGACCGUGAGAUGAAGGAGCUCAAGGAGAAGAUGAACCAGGUGGAGGACGAAGUGUUUGAGGAAUUCUGCCGUGAAAUCGGUGUGAGGAACAUCAGAGAGUUCGAAGAAGAGAAGGUGAAAAGGCAGAACGAGAUAGCGAAGAAGAGGCUGGAGUUUGAGAACCAGAAGACAAGGCUGGGGAUCCAACUAGACUACGAGCGGCAGCAGCUGAAGGAGGACCAGGACAAGGUGCACAUGUGGGAACAAACAGUUAAGAAGGACGAGAAUGAGAUCGAGAAACUGAAAAAGGAGGAGCACAGGCACAUGAAGAUCAUCGACGAGACCAUGGCCCAGCUGCAGGACUUGAAGAACCAGCACCUCACAAAGAAGUCCGAGGUCAACGACAAGAACCAUGAGAUGGACGACAUCCGCAAGAAGCUCGGAGGGGCCAACAAGGAGAUGACCCAGCUGCAGAAGGAGGUGACAGCUAUCGAGACCAAACUGGAGCAGAAACGAAGUGAUAGGCACAACCUGCUGCAGAGCUGCAAAAUGCAGGACAUCAAACUGCCCCUUCGCCAGGGCAGCAUGGACGAUAUCAGCCAGGAGGAGUCGGAGGAGACGGGCAACAGUUCCCAGCGGACCUCGAACGUGUGCGCGAGGGAGGCGCUGAUUGAGAUUGACUACAGCGAGCUGUCCGAGGACCUGAAGGAUGCGCUGGCUGAGGACGAAGUCAAGAUAGAGUUGAACAGCCUGCAGCAGAAGGUGACAGAGCACCAAAACAUCUUGCAACGCAUCGCUGCCCCCAACAUGAAGGCCAUGGAAAAGCUGGAUAGCGUGCGGGAUAAGUUCCAGGAAACCUCGGAAGAAUUCGAGGCCGCCCGAAAGCGAGCCAAAAAAGCCAAGCAGGCUUUCGAGCAGAUCAAGAAGGAACGAUUCGACCGCUUCAACGCCUGCUUCGAAGCCGUGGCCACAAACAUCGACGAGAUUUACAAGGCCCUCUCGCGGAACAGCAGCGCACAGGCCUUCCUCGGCCCGGAAAAUCCGGAAGAACCGUACCUGGAUGGGAUCAACUAUAACUGCGUGGCUCCGGGGAAGAGGUUCAGGCCCAUGGAUAACUUGUCCGGAGGGGAGAAGACAGUCGCAGCCUUGGCCCUGUUGUUUGCUAUCCACAGCUAUAAGCCAGCCCCGUUCUUUGUUCUGGACGAGAUUGAUGCUGCCCUUGACAAUACAAACAUUGGGAAGGUUGCAAACUACAUCAAGGAGCAGUCCGUGUCGAACUUCCAGGCUGUGGUCAUUUCCCUGAAAGAAGAAUUCUACACCAAGGCCGAUGCCCUUAUCGGAGUCUACCCCGAGCAAGGAGACUGCGUCAUCAGCAAAGUGCUGACCUUCGACCUGACUGGGUUCCCAGAAGCCGGCCCAUCGCCCAACGACUGACAGCGGUGCUGGGUGGGGGUGGU